GGGCGCUGGAGCGGGGCCGGCCGGCUGGCAAGAGGAGGAGCUGUGUGGAGGGUGAGUCGAGGCGAGGCUGAAUUCUCCUCAGAUAAUUGCAAAGACGCCAUGACGGUAAACAGUGCAUCACUCUGUUUCAGAAACAAGACCAUCUUGGCUCCUAUGGUGCGAGUCGGUACUCUCCCGAUGCGACUGCUGGCUUUGGAUUAUGGUGCUGAUAUUGUAUACUGUGAGGAGCUGAUUGACCUAAAGAUGCUUCAGUGCAAGAGAGUUGUAAACGAGGUGCUUGGAACAGUAGACUUUGUGGCUCCCAAUGACAGAGUCGUGUUCAGGACCUGCGCAAAGGAAAAAGACUCUGUCGUCUUUCAAAUGGGGACUGCAGACGCUGAGAGAGCCCUGACGGUAGCCCAGCUUGUAGAGAAUGACGUGGCCGCCAUUGAUGUUAACAUGGGAUGCCCUAAAGAAUAUUCCACUAAGGCAGGUAUGGGAGCAGCACUCCUGUCUGAUCCUGACAAAAUAGAAUCUAUUCUCAGCACCCUCGUCAAAGGAAUCUGUAAGCCAGUGACCUGCAAAAUCCGGAUCUUGCCAUCAAAAGAAGAAACAAUAAGUUUAGCGAAGACGAUAGAAAAAACUGGAGUUGCCGCCAUUGCCGUUCACGGAAGGAAGAAAGAAGAGAGGCCUCAGCAUCCCGUCCACUGCGACGUGAUCAAAGCGAUCUCAGAAGCCGUCUCUGUUCCCGUAAUAGCCAAUGGAGGCUCCCAUGACUUCAUUAAAGAAUAUUCUGACCUGGAGGCCUUCCAGCAAGCGACGGCGGCAUCCUCUGUGAUGGUGGCUCGCGCGGCCAUGUGGAACCCCUCCAUCUUCCGGAAAGAAGGACCCCAGCCCCUGAACAACGUCAUACAAGAAUACAUCAAAUACGCAGUGCGGUAUGAUAAUCACUACACCAACACGAAGUACUGUUUGUGUCAGAUGUUAAGGGAGCAACUAGAAAAUGCACAAGGGAAGAAGCUGCAUGCGGCACAGUCCUUGGAGGAAAUCUGCGAAAUCUUUGAAAUGGGCAGUUUUUACAAAGAAACUUCAGCACUCUUAGAGGCCAGAAAGGCUUCAUUAGAAACAAAGGACCAAGGCGAAGAUGACCAGCUGGAAGACGUGGAUGUCAUAACGAUGGCGGUUAAAUUUGACAAGCGAGAAUACCCCCUGCAGAUUACACCCAAAAUGUGUCUCUUGGAAUGGUGCAGGAAAGAAAAACACCCCCAGCCUGUGUAUGAAACCAUUGAAAGACCGGGGGAUAGACUCUUCCGUUCUGUCGUCACAGUCGCUGAACAAAAGUACAGAUCAAGUUUCUGGGAGAAGUCGAAGAAGCUGGCAGAACAAGCUGCUGCUAUUGCCUGUUUAAGGACCCUUGGCGUGCCAGAGGGGAAGCGGAGCGAGGAAGCCAGUCCUCUUGUCAACAAACGCAAGAGGCACGAUCAAGAACUUUUGCACAAUGGAGAACACAGAGAAGAGCUACUUGCAGAGGCUGCCUGUAAGAAACCUCAUUUUAUUCCUCGGGCUUCGGACUCCAGUGUUUCCUAGGUGCCAUUACAGCAUAAAAGUGGACAUUGCCCACCUCUGCAGCCAUGGAUUCCCCUCUCCCCAUCCCUUUAAGAGUCUUCUCCAUAUUUUGCCUGGACGCUGUUGAUCAGAUCAAUCUGGAUUUCGAAACCCAUCACAUACAAUACUGUUUGCGUCCUACCGCUUGCUUCUGGUGCCUUUGAAGGACAAAUGAGCUGCUUGCAGUUUUGCGGGGAAUAAGAUUAGUUCAAUAGUAAAAUUCUCUUUAGGGCAAAUGUAUUUGAAGAAGGGUUUGGAGGAGCGUGGACAAUUUUGCAAGUUUGUUUAACAUCCAUGAUUCGGUUGCUGUCUGGCAAUAAUACAAAUACAAAUUUGUGGCCAAAGAAGUGUGCGACGGGGUGGAACUUUGGUUGCUGUACCUGGCUUUCCCCCUUUAAUUUUACAGAAUGUAUGUUUUUAAAAUGAUAUGACUAUUUGAAUCUCCAUUGAUAACAUUCACCUUUUCAUUGUGGUCAUUCUUCUAUGACUAACAGUAAAAAUACUACAUCUUG